GAUCAGUUGCUGACUUUGCGCGGCAGCGAGCGGUUUGCACAUUGCGAUUGUUGAUUUUCUAUUUAGUUUCUAGUUAGUUUCAGUCUUAUUUUUUGUUGUUUUUUGUCCGGUUCGAGUUUUUCUGUUUUCUGUAUUUUUAAAGCUGCGCAUGCGCCUCUUUUGAAUCGCGGUUUUUUCAGUUUUUGGCCAAGACCAGCGCAUAUAAUUUUUUGUUGUCGUGAGAGGGAGGAUAUUUCUAUUGCUGAAGGACUAUUUGGGUAGCGGCUCAGUCCAGCCGGCGAUGCCAUAGUGGCAGCUCCACCCGAUCCUGCAGAGUCCUCCUAAACUCCCGCCAAAAUAAGAAACAAAAAUAAAUAAUAACUAUGCCCUACAAUCUGUGGCUGAGGAGGCGCCUCCAAUUGCUGGCCUCGGUGCUCUUCUGCUGCCUGCUCGGCUAUCUGACCUCGGCGGCGGUGGCCAAGCCCACAUUAUCCUUCAGCCUGCCACAGGGACUACAGGGUUUCCCCUCGUUCCAGUCCUUCACCCAGCAGAUCAUCGAACAGCGCAGUGUCCGGCAGAUGAAGACCUACAGCGGGAAGCGGGUGAGCAACGACUCGCUCAUUAUGAUAUACUAUCACGAUCUGACCAUAGCCGUUACGGAGCUGGGACCCCAGAAGCUGUUGCUCGGCUGUGAGCUGAUCGAAAUCUACAACGACAAGGAGGGAAAGAUGCUCUUGGAAGGACUCUCGCACUACAAUCGCCCCCUGGAGAUCAAGUUCGAUGAGAUGCUGAAGCUGAUGGACCAGUGCGAGCACGUGGACAAGAUCAGUUACGCCUCCAGGCACAAGGCCAAAGUGGAGAACGGAGAACGGAGCAGUGGUGGAGGUGAUCCCGCCUCUGCUGGAGCAACCAACGAUGGAGUGGCCCUGAAACUAGCCACCAAUAUCUUUCCAAGGAGUCCCUUCUCCCUGCUGAGUGGCAUUAUACCAGGAACCAAGUGGUGUGGAACUGGCGACAUAGCCGAGACCUACAGCGAUCUGGGCAGUGAAAUGGCCAUGGAUCGGUGCUGUCGUCAGCACGAUCUCUGUCCGGUGAAGAUCCGGGCCUACCAGCACAAAUACGAACUGAACAACGACUCCCUCUACACAAAAUCCCAUUGCAUUUGCGAUGACCUGCUCUUCUCCUGCCUGAAGAUGACCAAUACCUCGGCCUCGCAGUUGAUGGGCUCCAUUUACUUCAAUUUGGUGCAAGUACCGUGUCUGGAUGGACGCAGCAAUCAUUACAAGUUCCGGGCGGCCAAGGAGGGUUUCUAGGAGUUCCGAUUCAAGGACCACGGAAUGGGGGAAUAUAAUUUGGGGAUGGGGACAAAGAACUAUACUCAAUGUACAGGAGGCCAAAUGAUAAGGAUAACAAGGAUAUAAUGAUGAGACAAUGAAUCGCCAAAGGCGAUGUACUUUUUUUUAAUUUAUUUCAUUUUUUAUUUUUAUUUUUUAACCAACAAUUAGGCCCGCUUUGUUAGCGUUAUCUAGAUAAGAUAUAUAAAGUAGUGUUUCAAUCUUUGUUAUACAAAAUACAAAAUACAAAAUAAAAGUAUAAAUAUAUAGUAUUAUUUAUAUAUAUAUUGAUUAGUUCGUUUGUCUUUAUUCGUUAAUC